UACUGAAAGAUAGGAAAGCACAAAACACACGCAUUGAAAUUCACUCUGCAUUGAUCUUCCUUACAAUUGAAUCACGGAGGGGAGGAGAGUGAAUUAUGGGAGACGAAGCAAGCCAAGAACGUGAAAGGUCGUUAGCAGCUCCUCUCAUAUUUCUGAUUGUGGCUGCUUUUCAAUUUGCAUACUAUUGUCUGGAUCAUGUUAAGAAGAGUGGAUCCGAUAGUGAAAAAGAAAUUCAGUUGCGUGCAGAAAUAAAACAACUUUUGAAGGAGGCAAAUUCAAUGUCGCAGCCAUCAACCUUUGCACAAGCAGCAAAACUCAAAAGGCUGGCAGUUGCCAAGGAGAGGGAACUUUCAAAGUACCAAAAUUCAUGUCACAAAGAUGAUGCUUCAUACGCAAAAGUGCUUCUCAUCUUAAAGUAUUUAACAUAUGGAGUGCUGCUUAUCUGGUUUUGGCGUGUUCCUGUGGCUAGCAUAUCUCUGCAACUCGUGCAACCAUUUGGGAGCUUGUUAUCUUGGAAGACCAGAGGAGUUCAAAAUAACAGUGUCACGAUUGGGAUAAUAUCUUGGUUAAUAGUAUCUGCUAGGGUUUGCAGAUUUGUCCGUCGAGCUUAUAGCAAAUAAAUUAAUAAAUAACAACGAUUUUCAUCGUGAAAAUUAAUCUGCUUCAAAUCUUGGUUUUGAAGUAGAAUGAAGGUGUUUGUGCUUAAUACAUCUCUUACAAUUGUAAGAAACUUGUUCUUUGAUUGUUCUUCUCAAUCUGGUUGAUCAUUGAUUGAUCAGUUGUAACUAGCUUUUAAGUAUUUCAAUUUGUUUAGUAAUAUAGAUAUAGACAACAACGUUUGAAACCCAAUCUUCAAUGCAAUCUUCAUCAUGUGCUUGUAAUGUGAUAGGCAAUACAUCAUUUCCUUAUU